AUGAAUAAGUCUCUUGAUGAAAAACCAGGCAAGAAUGACCAAAUUAUAGAAAACAUUGAAACUCCAUGCAAAACUUUUCAUAAAAAUCAAACAAAGCUAAAAAGAUCACGAAUUAGAAAAUUUUAUAACGUAAAGUUAAAAGAACCUAUAUAUUUGUUUUUUCCGAACAAUUUACUAAAAUCCUUAUCUCAAGCUAAAAGUUUACCAAAAAAUUGGCCAAUCAAAGGACCGCAUUUUAACGAAAAAAUAACGUGUAGUAGGUCGAAAAAUCUUAACCUGGUUACCAGUUAUAUUAAGUCAUACACCAGCAGACUCGUCAACGAAAACUAUGGUUCAUUACGCUCAAGAAAUAGUAUCCGGGCGAUUUCAACACUUUAUAAUUCAACUUAUCCACCGGAAUAUAAUUUGCAUAAAAUUCAAAUACCCAUUGUAUUUUUUUACGCUGACAGUGAGUGGCUAACUGCUCCAGAGGAUGCUCAAAAUCUUUAUUCAAAAUUGCCAAGGACAUACGGUUUAUACAGGGUUAAUUUUACAAAAUUUAAUCAUUUAGACUUUUUAUGGGGAAUCGAUGCAAGGCAAUUACUUUACAACGACAUAAUAGAUUUGAUAAAUAAAUAUGAUAAUUUAUUAUUUUUAAUUAUAGAGAUAAGCUUGCUUACAGUUGCAAGUUUAAAAUUUCUAUAUUUUUACAUUUUUUCAAACACCUUACGUACAAUAAACCUAUUUACUUCAGAUAGUGUCGUAAUAGUCAAACUAGCAUUUAACACACAAAUGAAUUAUAAUUGUUAUCGCACUAUAAUAAUUAUGAAUAAUCGAUGCUACCGCGAAACGUUUAGUUUGUAUGAUAUGAUAGUACUGUUAAAAACAUCGUUGUAA